AUGGCGGUGAUGGCGGAGGCGAUGCGUCUGCGCGCCGCCGGAGAGAACGUGGUGGACUUCUCGGCGGGACAGCCCGACUUCGACACGCCGUCGGUGGCGCGAGAGGCGGGGAUCCACGCCAUCGAGUCGGGAUAUACCCGCUACACCGCGAACCCCGGCGCUCCCGACCUGCGGGCCGCGGUGGCCGAGGCUACCGCCGCGACUUCGAUCUGGACUUCGGAGCGGGCAACGUCCUGA